UGUCAAUGUGGUAACUUCGAUCUUGUUUGGAAAAAUACGAGUUUUAUUUAUGAAAUUCAUUUGCAUUUACGAUAAAAUUGAUACAUUCCAGCAUUUAUUCAGCUCAAUCUAUUUUGAGUGCCUUGUUAUCGCAAGUCUAGUGGUCUUGAAGAAACAGACGUGAUCGUGUUGGUGACAUGGACACGAUGGACAUCCAGGCCGUCGAGUCGAAGUUAAGCGAUGUGACGGUGACUGCUAUACCUAUGAGUGGGAAGAGUACUCACAAGGAUUUAUCUAUAAGUGGCAACAGUCAUGCUACCAUUUCUACCGUGCCUGCGUCGUCGCCGUCUUCGGUAGGCAAAGACAAGGAUAACGGUAUGUCGAAUUGCAUUUUGAUGGCGGUAACAUGGAACACGAAAUGUAAAUGGGAGACCACGUACAGCGCCGACUCCGUAGAAUGGUGUCCAGUGGAACCAUAUCGCCAUGUGCUUGUAUGCGGGACUUACCAGCUCGACAAGAGUCAUCAAGAUACAAAAGAUGCAGAUCAACCGAAACAGAAACGUCUAGGCAGAAUAUACUUAUUCCAACUCCAGAAAAUUACAUUAGAAAUAUCUCCGAUCCAAACAAUAGAUACAGCGGGCGUUCUGGACAUGAAAUGGUGCUAUCACACAAUCCAGGGGAAUCCAGUAUUGGGUGUCGUUACUUCAGAAGGAUACGUGCAAGUUUAUCAAUUGCUCGAUGAAAAUGGAACUAUGAAAUUGCAGUUGUGGUUAGAAGACGCUAUUGGUGGAAACGUUUUAGCACUUUCUCUUGAUUGGUCGACCAAUAAAGUGACCAAUGAGCAACCUAGUUUGGCAAUCAGCGAUUCGUCUGGUGCUGUUACGAUUAUGCGGGUAGUUGGGAGAUCUUUGGAGAAGAUAGGUCUCUGGCAGACUCAUUCAUUUGAAGCAUGGAUUGCUGCGUUCAAUUACUGGAAUACCGAUGUAUUCUACUCGGGUGGUGACGACUGCAUAUUCAAGAGCUACGAUGUGAGGAUACCGGAUGUACCGACCACAACCAACCGCAGCCACGAAGCCGGCGUCACCGCUAUACGGAGCCACGUUGACGUGGAACACCAGCUCUUGACUGGCAGUUACGACGAAAAAGUACGCCUCUGGGACGCCAGGAACCUAAAGCGUUGCAUCACCGAAGCCGAUGUGAACGGUGGCGUGUGGCGUUUGAAGUGGCAUCCAUAUAACCCGAGCGUAGUUUUAGCGGCGUGCAUGUACGGAGGGUUUCGUUUAUUACGGGUGGACGGAGAUGUUGAAGUAAUAUGCGAGUUUCUGGAGCAUGAGAGUAUUGCGUAUGGCGCGGACUGGAAGUUUGACGAGUCUGUUGUCGCGACUUGCUCCUUCUAUGACUGUUGCAUGCGUAUAGGUGAAGUGGUUUUAUAAUAUAUCAUUUAUAGAAACAUCUGUGACGACCAAAUGUAAUAAUCAUGUUGAAAAACUG